GUCGUCCUCUUUGCCGAGCUAUUCGCCGAUGCAACAUUCGUGAAAUUGUUAAAAGUGUUACUUUUACGUGGGCUUGCAGCUAGAAAUCGUCACCGCGCAAAUAAAAUCGUUGCACAAGCCGCGACACGUGUGUUUGUCUGCCCAAAGCGGCUAUUCAUCACCAUUUCGGGGCGUGUUUGGAGCGAGAAAAUGGAAAACGCAUGUUUCGUGCUCAGAUAAGACCCAGCUGAGCGUCGGUCUCGCUCAAAUUGCAACAAAUUGCGAAAAGCUUCCGGCUAGACUCACAAGCAGACAAAACAGCGACAGCGACUAGCCAAACAGCGGCUAAUAGCAGGACAAAGGCGGUGACAAAGUGACAACAACAACAACAUCAACACGAACACAAUUACAAUACCAACUUGAUACCAACACUAACCAAAAAAAACAAAAAAAAAAAAAAAAACACAAAACAACAACAACAUGCACCCACUGCAAAGUAGUUAAAUAAUUCUGCCCUGUCUGCGCUUUAUUUCCUCUUCAUUCUUGUACUCGUUUUAAUUUCAACAAGUUUUCUGUUCUCGCUUUCCCCACAUCUCUUUGAAACCAUCCGACGCGCAGUUCUUUUUUCGUUACUACACAACAACAAAUACAGGAACAACAGAAACAGCAACAGCAACAUACAAAACACACACACACACACGCACACAUUGGCUCUCAGACUAAAAUAUACAUAGACUCACGCGACACAUACAACGACAGUUUCUCUGCUGUGACGCAGCAGCCACCAAAAAGCACCUGCAAAAGCGGCACGAGACCAGCGACCGGCUCCCAGUGCAGCUGUCAUAGCGCAAAAAAAAAGCACCAACAACAACAGCAGCACACACACACUUGUUGCAAACGCAGCAAAAGGAAGACAAACGGAGAGGGAGAGAAAGAGAGUGAGCGAGUUAGUGAGUUAGUGAGAAAGGGACGUCAAAGCGGCUGUCUCUUUGUUAAGUGCCUAAGCAAUCGGCUAUCAGCGUUCAUUUUGCCGCCGUACCUACAAAAACGCAAAGAUGGUCAAGGAGAAACCCAACUCGACGCGCAUCUAUGAUAAGGAUGGCUUCAGGCGACGUGCUGCCUGUAUUUGCGUGCGAGCCGAGAACGAAGCGGAGGUGCUGCUGGUAACAUCUUCUCGCCGUCCAGAAUUGUGGAUUGUGCCAGGCGGCGGGGUUGAGCCGGAAGAGGAGCCCUCAGUCACCGCCGUGCGUGAGGUGCUGGAGGAGGCAGGCGUUGUUGGCAGCUUGGGACGUUGUUUGGGUGUUUUUGAGAACAACGAUCACAUGCAUCGCACCGAGGUGUUUGUAAUGAACGUGACCCAGGAACUAGAUGAGUGGGAGGAUUCGCGUAGCAUUGGACGAAAACGUCAAUGGUUCACCAUUGAUGAUGCAUUGUCACAGCUGGCGCUGCAUAAGCCCACCCAGCAGCAUUACUUGAUGCAGCUGCAACACUCGAAGACGCUGGAGAAUGCCCACACGCCAGGUCGUGUGGUGAAUGCCACGCAUCCGCCCAUAUUGGCAAAUGCCCCCUCAGCGGCCGCUUCGCCCACAACGGCAUAAAGACAAAUGCAGAAAGAAUAAUCAUCUAUAAGCACACACCGCCUCACACAAACACACACACACACACAAUUUGAACACACAGCUAUUCACCCACAUUUUGACA